UCAGGAGAAUAAAACUGGGUUUGCUACAAUUUUUUUUUUUUUGCCUUUUCUUUUCCUACUUGUAAUUAAAGAACCUUCCUCUGCGUAUGAUGAGAGAGAGUGGGGUAAUUAACUUCACCUUUCGUUAGCUUAGCCCCUCCCCACAUGACCUCUUCAUUAAUUCCUGUUCCUACUAUCCUUUCCCUUCCAUUUCUAUCCCCUCAUGCUAUAGCAGCGUAGGUCAACAAUAAUUUGAAUCCUCCAUCCCUUUUUCCCUCAUUCUUCUUCUUCUUUAGGGUUUCAAGCUCCAAUGACCAGCCACCGACUCUUGUGAUUUCUGAAUUCUCGUUUCUUUCCCCAGAUCCUCUUCCCCUGAGUUAGAAAAUUACUUUCAGGUGGGUGUCACGACUCUCGUGAUUCAUGGAAUUGCUGAUGCAAGAUGCUAAAAUGUAUUCUGAUGAUAAAGAGGAGGACGACGACGACGAAGAAGAAGCAGAGAUAGCUAGAGAAGAAAGCAGCAACAGUAAGAGUUACCUUCCUUUAUCAGCAAAUUACGAAACUAGUCGCCGUCUUCACCAUAAUCACCAUAGUCCUCAUCAAAAUUCGUGGUUGGGGCUCCGUGAUCAUCACUCUCCAGAUGCUGCUCCCGCCAUCGAAUCUCACAAUUCAUCGCCUGGAUUAGGGUUAACAUCGGCAUCCGCCGCCAAUUUCGCCCGCAAUCACAGGAAGCUGGACCUCAUGGACUUGUCACUUGGAGGAAUUGGUACCGGCAAGGACGAUGAAGCACAGGAAGAAGCUAAUUUUCAUGGAGGAGGUAGCCGCAGUAACGGUGCUGGUGCUUCUGUUGAGAAAGAGCACAUGUUCGAUAAAGUCGUCACUCCCAGUGACGUAGGCAAGCUCAACCGCCUCGUAAUACCAAAGCAACACGCAGAGAAGUACUUCCCUCUGGAUUCCUCCUCCAACGAGAAAGGACUGCUGUUGAAUUUCGAGGACCGGCACGGCAAGCCAUGGCGGUUCCGGUACUCCUACUGGAACAGCAGCCAGAGCUAUGUGAUGACCAAAGGCUGGAGCCGCUUCGUCAAGGAGAACAAGCUCGACGCCGGAGACAUUGUUUCGUUCCACCGCGGCGCCAGCGAGUCUUAUAGGCACCAGUUGUACAUAGAUUGGAGGAGAAGACCUGAUCACGGACCAGGCGGCCCUGAUCCCCACUUAAUUACACCUUUCCUUCUUCAUCCUAAUCAGCCGACGACGCAGUUUUCUCAGUACUCAAUUAGAUGUGGCGGUCGAUUAUUCUCACUUCCCUCUCCGGCAGCGCCGCGACAGCUGAAUCAUAACAAUAUGUUUCUCUUAUAUCAUCAUCAACAGCAACAAGAGCGACACCACCCAUGGCAGUACCAAGUCCAUCAUAAUACGAUGAAUUCAAGAUCUGGUUCGGCGUAUUCGAACUUGAUAGGGCAACAAGAAGGAAGAAAUGUUCCGAUGAUUAUAGAUUCUGUUCCAGUUGAUCAUUACCACUCUCAUCAAAGCUAUUACCAUGGUAAAAAUAGUAAUACUACUGAUAAUACUACUGCUGGUAAAAGACUAAGGCUAUUUGGGGUGAACAUGGAAUGUGCUUCUUCGUCUUCGUCUUCGUCUUCUUCAUCAUCAUUAGCGGAAGAAUCCAGAUGCUGUAAUGUGACAGUAAUGGCUAAUCCAUCAAUUUCCUCGUCUUCUAUUAUCCCCCCACCUCUUCAUCAGUAUCUGAGGGUAGCCCAUGAGGAUCCAAUUUCUUCGUCGUCAUCGUUAUCAUCAGCAAGGUUUCAGAGUCAUCAGAAAGGGGAAACUUUGAUGCUUUUCGAUUUGGAUCCCUCUUGGCAUUACAGGCAGUGAUCAAAUUGGGAAUCAAAUCAAACAACCAAUAAAAGAAUGAUGAUGUGGCCACAAAUCUUUUGCAGCAUUUUCUGUUAUAAAUUCUAAUUUUUUAUUGCCCUUGUUUAAUAUUUUAGUGCUUAGUAUUAUGGAUAUUAGUGCAUUAUUUAUUUAGCUGGAGGUUUUGGAUUGUUUAACUUUCAAGAGGAAAAUGGAUAUAUAUAUAUAUGAACUAUGUUUAAAUCUUUCAAUUGUGUAUAAUACAGUUAAUAUUGAAAUAUA